AUGUCUAGCAAGCAGACCAUGCAGCUCCUGCCAGUCUUAGUCUCCUUGGCCCUCCUCUUCGUGGGAACGACGGCGGCGGCCAGGAAGACGACGCACCUCAAGUUCUACAUGCACGACGUGGUGACGGCGGUGCCGUCGAGCCCAGCGACGACGGCGGUGCGCGUCGCCAGGGGAGUGACGCCGCUGCCCCUCGAACCCGCCAUCCGGUUCGGGGACAUGUUCGUCAUCGACGAUCCUCUGACGGAGGGGCCUGACUCGGCGUCCCCGGUCGUCGGCACAGCGCAGGGGUUCUACAUCUUCGCAUCGCAGACGGACUUCGCGCUGAUGCUGACCGUCAACAUGGUCUUCACGGCGGGGCCGCACAACGGCAGCACCAUCGCCGUGCUCUCAAGGGACGCCAUCCUCGACCCCGUCAGGGAGCUGCCGAUCGUUGGCGGCACCGGGGUGUUCCGCGGGGCCACCGGGUAUGGUCUGCUCCGGACAUACUCGGCAAACAGCACCACCUUGAACGCGGUGCUCGAGGUCGACAUGUACGUCCGCGCGCGUGUGUAA